AUGGAACCCGAGUCAGGACUCGUGCAGCCUGUGAUGCGAGCAACGCGGAACGCGAUGCUGCGCUCGGCGGCAAUGACCAGAACUAUCCCUGCCCUUGCCAAGAACUCGAGCAAAGCGUCGGAAAACUUGCGUGCAAAUGAAAGUUGCGUAAGCGGUGUCGGGGGCGGUGGGGGUGGAGGCGGGCUGGGAAAAUGGCUGAGAGAACACCUCGGAGGAUCGAGAGGAAGCCACGAGGUUAGCUCCGGUUCGGUGAAACGGAACGUGAGCAGCGUCGGCAGCGUCGAUAGGGAAGGCGUAGCCGUUCUAGGGGGCGUUGAAAAAUCGGCGCCCAGGUUAACGUACGCCUCGCAAAACCUCUACUGCAGUCUGCCACGCGAGCACGGUCGUCCCUUUCACAAUGGCGCUGCUGUGCGGAAAGUAAGCCCGGUCGAAAUUCAAGGCCACAAUCGGCCGCGGUCGAACAGUGAUAAUUAUUGGGGGAAAAACACGCCGCCGACGCCCGUUCCGCCGGUAUUAAAACGCGGCGGGCCUGUUUACAGCAGCGAUGGGAAGAGCAUGCGGCGGCGGAACCGCGACCGCCGUCGACACUCUCUGAACGAAGCACAGGAGGAACGGAUUAUACUCGCGGGGCAAGGAAAUCGGUGUAUCCCGGAUGGCGGGGACGUCGGGCGCACGAUGACGGAUUUGCAACCGUCGCCGCCAGGAUAUCGCGGCCAGGAUGAACCCCCGGGUCCCGCCAGAUCGCCGGCAUCAACACCCUUCCAGCCACCGUACAAAAACGCGAGCUCGUCUUAUUCGGCUGAGAUCUACAACGGCAAGCAACCCUCGUCGCCUCGCGGUGGGCAGGCCGACUUUUAUCACAUUCACAAAAAUGACGGGUCGAGAAACGAUAUUGGGAAGAAAAAGACCUCGCACGUCGCGAUGUACAACGACGGAUACAAGAAGAAUACUCCUGGGUAUAAAAACGACAGCGGCUACAGCGAAAGUUCGGGCUUUGGAAGCUACAGUUUGCCGCUCAGCGAGCGUGACGAAGCUUCACCACCUCCGACUCCCCCCGUUCGAGACGCGUCGAGUCUCAAAGGAGUCUGCUACGGUCCUGGGCACGAGAAGUAUCCGUCGUGGCCAAGCGCUCCUGAGCACCACACCCACGACGAAGACCUCCACGCGGCCUCGUCUCUUCAUGGCGGUUCCCACCGUUCGAAAUCUUGGACCGACCAUACCAGCUACCCCAAGGAAAAACCUGCUCAGUACACGAGGCCCCACGCGAAGAGGCCGAACCCAGCAUUUACUCAGCAGUUGAAAACUGUGAUGGAACGCUGCGAGAAAAUACCUGCGGAAACGUACGAGUCUCGGAACCGGAGCAACGUCGAAGCGACGGAAUCGAGGCUUUGGCCACGCGUAGAUCGCGAGGGUAAAUCGAUAGGCGACGUCGAGUAUGUCGCCCCUUCGCCUCCGGAACGUGAACAGCAACCCCCACAGACCCUCAGCCAUGCCGACCUCGAGGCCUAUGUCAGGAGCUAUCAGGACCCCCAGGUCGACUUGUACCAAGAAAGCUCCCUCACUCAGGCAGGUCUCGAAGAGUACUCGAGGGUCCAGCACUCCCAGCAGGCCAGCUACGCGCAGUCCGAAGGAUACCACAGCUACGUUUCCAGUGUAGACUCGACGACGAACACCCCGUUUUUGGACAGACUGAGAAGAGACAGCGAGGCCGUAGCUCAACGGGUAGUGUCGUCGUGGGAGGACACGAGAGAAGGAAGAGACAGCGUCGUUACGACGUCGAGCGGAAGUGCUUCGAGCAGCGAGACGCUCAAGUGGCAUGGUUCGAUGUCGGACGUGAGUGUGGCGAGCGGACUUCCGGCGCGUCAGGUGGGCCUUCCGGAGAAAUGGCUGCACCACGGCUCGAUGUCCGACGUAAGUAUAAUCUCACCGCAGAAGCAACAGUCCCCGAAUUUACGGGACCAGCACAAGUGGCAGGGGUCUUUGAGCGACGUAAGUUUGGCGAAGAACGCCCGGAAGCAGGAAAAAUGGCAGAGCUCGAUGAACGACAGGAAUAAACGUGCCGGAAGGGCCGGACCCGAAAACGCUGACGAUGUUGCCACCGAGUGGCAGGAGACCGGAACCGAGGGUAAAAUUUGGCCGGAAAACAACGUCGCCGAGAAGUACGUCCUCCACCCUCAACCCACCCCACAGAGUCCUGAUGAAUGGAUACCGCAUCAUGGAUCCAUGUCGGAUCUCAGCACCGCCGGACUACAGAGCAGCAAGCAACUCAUCGCUCACAGUGCCAGGGUUCAGACUCCUCAGAGACAUCAUUCUGAGAGUGUUUUGUACCUUGAUCGCGAACGGAGUCAAAGAAAACUGCAGUAUGCCGGUGGAACGCAUUCUCAGACUUCACAGGACUCCGGACAGUCGUCGUCUAUGAGAAUGGCUCCAACGUCACCCCAGCAGCCGCAGCUUUCAGUGGCGGAGCGAAUAAGCGAGCUGGAAAAACAGCAGCAGCAACAAAUGCGGUACACGUAUCUCGACCCGGACAAACGUCACCGAGUUUCGGAUCCGACGUUAAAGGCGAUCCAGAAGAAGGCGUUACUCUCGUUCUACGAACGGCAUCACCAAGCUUCCUGGAGGUCCGAGCCGCAGCUUGCUCAGGGCGUCGCGACGCCCGCCCCCCAAAGUCCACCCCCGCAACCACCCCCGAGACCGAGGCCGGCGUCCUCGAGGAGGGCGAGUUCAGCCUCGGAUUACGCGAGCGGUGGAGCCUGGCGGGAAAAAUCAGGACGAGGUUCAAACGUCCCGGAAAUUUCGAGCCCUUGCAGCCCCAAGCAUCAGCACAGCAACAGCUGCGGUAGCCUUUCGACGGAUCUUUUAGGACCCGUCAUCGUCGGCCAGGCGAUUUCCAUCGACGAUUGGGUUCCUGAAAGACCGCCGAAAAAACCUCACCUCAGAAAUGCCUACAAUGAUCGCGUUCCCAGCCCCGACCUUCCGCCUCCGUCACCCCCGACGGUCACCGAACACGAGGUUCUCAACUGCGAUGAUCCUCUGCCUCCGCCCCCGAGUGACCUGCAGAACGACGCGAUCUGCGGACAGAUCGAUACUAAGGAGAAUUCUCACACGGAUAGACACGCCGUUGGAAAUGAUUUGUUGCAGAGGACGCAACAACCGGAGCGACAAUCGACUCGUCGCUCCUCGAAACACGGCCACAAACGGGACCAAGAUCGUGUGAAAUCGCCGAGCAAAUCGUCAGGCGAAAAGAGCAGCAACCUGCACUUCGUGCGCUCCUCGACGAGCCUAAAACAAGCAGAAUCGGGUCCAGCGGUGGAAAACGGAGUCUCAGCAGGAUUCGCAACGCACCGAAUGGUGCCGACGGGUCGUUCGAGUCUGCGCUACCCGGCAACGCAGAAACUGAUGGUUAACGGACGGGUGGCACCACUUCCGGCGCGACGGUUGUCCGAAGAGCGCAUCGUGUUUCCGGCGCGACCGCCGGCGCAGCUUCCCGAUCUUAUUUCGCAGCGGUACAGUGACUCCGGGAACCAGAGACCGGCCCCCCAGGUUCCGGUCGAGCCGAGGAUCCUGCGGCAGGAGUCGAUGCGCGCCGAAAGCUGUGCCAGGAUCGACGCUUCCGGUCUGCUUCGCAACGAUUCCCAAAGGCUCGAGUCCUCCAGCGGUCAGCGGCCGCAACCGCAGGUCCCAAAAACCGAGUCGAAGGGCCCAGCGCAGCCCCCAAGGCCCAACUACCUGCCGCUGCUCCAGGAGGCCUCUAAGUACCCGGAGAACGGGCUCAACUUCACACUUGGAAGCCCAGUCAAGACGAGCUACGAAGCCAGCUCGAAACUCUUCGCCGAAGGCAGUCCUCAAAAGUAUCACGAACCCCCGAAGUAUGUGCCCAACUCUCAGAGAACGAUGCAGGAGAAUGGACAGAGGAACUAUUACGCCCUUCCUCCGAAGUACGCCGACCUUACACCAGCCCAAAAACCUCAGCCUCAGACCCCAGUCGAUAGAUAUUCCGCUGGAUCAUCGCCCGGAUCACCACCCCCGCCGCCAUUGGCACCCAGGCUGAGUACAUCCGGUAGGAAAUCACUUCCGCCACCGCCGAGACCGGCUCCUCCUCAUGGGCAGCAGCAGGGAAGCCAAUCGAAGGCCUCGUACCUUGCCUAUCGUAGGGAGCGAGGCGCCCCCGACAGCGAAGGUAGCUACAAACGAACCAUGUCGCCAACGGCACGUCUCGACGACUGGCCGCCAUUGCGAGACCACGACGACCCGGUUCUCCUUCGAGUAACACCCCGUCAUCCGCAACACCAUCAUCACCAUCCCGAUCAACAGCUGCCGAAGUCUCACAGCGUCGACGCGCUGCAUCAUCGCCUGGAGGAAAGGGCCGCGCACUCGGUCGAGGUGAUUGGAAAGCUCUCCUAUGACCUGAGCAAAAAACUUCAGGCCACCGAGGUGCGUCCACUCCGAGGUGAGGGCGUCAAUAACACCCUCAACAAAGUCAUCGCCAAUAACAACAACAACAACAACAACAACAUCAACAACCACCUGGACUCGAGUCAUCAACAGCCGGGAGUCACGGAUUCACCUGACCGGAAGGAGAGGAUAUCACCUCAGAGUAUCGAGGUACUUAACGAUCGGAACCGGCAGUUGGAACGAGAGCGACGGAAGUUGGCUGCGAGUUGUGAACCGAGUCCUCAGAGGCGGUCCCAGGAUCGCGAGAUCCUCUCGAGCUCGGAUAGCUUCCAACAGCAUCAUCAACAGCGGGAAAGAUCGGCGACGAUCGAGAUGACCUCGAGGAACGUUGAGCUCUUGAAUCGGCGGAACGCCCUCGGCGAGAAACGGCUCAUCACCGAGGCCUCCAGGCCGCCACCGGUUAUCGAGAAACCACCACCCCCGACGUCGUCGCCACCGAGAACGCCGGAAGUCGAGAGACGGAGGCCCGGAACCGAUUCACCACGUCGUUCCGGGAGCUGCUCGAGUUCCUCGUCGUCGUCGUCAUCGUCGUCGUCGACGAGGGUCUCGGACCCUGGCAACAACCCCGAGAAGACGUCGCCGCCAAAUUCACCCAACGUAUCGGCAGCCGAAUCGGCAAGCUUCGUUGAACGGAUAAGCGUCGUCUCGUCGAGACGGACGGUGUCCAGUCCUACCCAGACGGACGACGAUCGUCGCGAUGAAUCCUCGGAGUCGAAUCAGGCUAAAUACAGCCAGACUACCGGAGGGAUCGAAUCGGCCGAUUUGGGAAACGAGAGGACGGCCAUCACGUCGCCCUGCGUUUCACCCCAACCUGGGAUCGAGGGUCUUACCCUUGUUCAAAGGACGGAGAUCGUUCUCAGGGUAAACGCGGCUACCAGCGAUGCCGCAUCCCAGACUGAGAUCAUCACCGAGGAUGGUAGGGAGGCGAGGAUCGACGAGGCGCUCGAGGAUUCUCAGGACGAUGUCGUACCGGAACCGAGGAGGAAGCUGCAGGAGGAAAUCGAGUGCGAGGAACUCAGCAGAGAUCUGGCUAGUCAGCUUAGUCCCAACGACAAGCUAGUAACGAUCUUAGUCCCGAUUCCGGAACACAAAAAGCCUACCGACUACGUCUCUGGAUUGUUCAGGGUGGAAGCCACACUUCAGCCUCGGCCAAGGAGGCGACUUUCUCUUUCUAUACAGGAGGAAACCCCACAGAGUCCAACGUCAACGUCGAAUCGACCCGAAGACAUCAAGAUCGAGACGCCGACGUCGUCGACGAUUCCAACGCCGGAAGUAUCAACGCCAGAUCCAACAAGUCCGCUGUCACCAACAUCCGCGUAUUUCACAACCUCGGAAGGCAAGGCGAGAUUUUUGACGAGGUAUUCGCGCGACGUAACGGAAGAAUCGAUUCCAACUUCCGUCGGAAACGAGGGCAGCAACGACUCGGCGCAAUCAAUCGUUGCCGACAAUCAGGAUCUCAAACAGAAAAAGGAGGAGCUGGUCGUACGCCUUGACAGAAAGCUCGUCGUCCUUCGAGCCGAACAGGAAGCUGUGCGAGAAGAAGGUGACGUCAACGAUGCUCUGGGUGCCAGAGUCACGUCUCGAGUGACGGCGGUUGCUCGGCCAGCCGAAGCCUCCAAGUACAGACUCCACGUCGAGGAAGUUGGCAAAAUAACGAGCCUUCUUCUUGGUCUCAGCGGAAGACUUGCGCGUGCUGAAAACGCGCUUUACGGAAUGCCAGUCGACCACGCCGAGCGGAAAAUCUUGGAGAGCAAGAGAGACAAGCUGUUGGAUCAACUCGAGGAGGCAAAAGUGUUGAAGAGCAAUAUUGACAAGAGAAGCGUCAGCGUCUCGGCAAUAUUGUCGAAAUAUUUGAACGAGGAGGAAUACGCCGAUUACCAGCACUUCAUAAACAUGAAGGCGAAACUGAUAAUGGACGGUCGUGAGAUCCAGGACAAAGUGAAAUUGGGAGAAGAGCAGCUUACAGCCCUGAAAGAAGCCAUCGAUUAAAUUUAGUUCAUUGUUGUUGUUGUUAUUCUUGUUGUUUUUGUCGUUGUAGCAAUGUUAUGUCGCGAAAACAAUGUCGGACUUGCAUAUAUUGUGGUUAAGUUAAAGUCUGCAGUGUUAUUAAUAAUAAGUAUUAAUUUAUGAGUCGCGGCAGUAAUGAUCAGAUAUUUAAAAAGUUUUGAGAG